GCUGCCCAAAGCCAACAUCUAGAAAUCUGGUUCAGCAACAGGCAGCUGGCCUUUAUCAUUAGUGAACAAUCUCCUCUCUUCUUCUUCGCCUUCUCCUUUCUUAUAAUUAAUAAUCGGUGCCUCCUUACACCCCAUCUCAGGAGAUGGGCAAGAUAGGCACAAGACUACCAGGUUUCUGUCUAAACAGGAUUAGGCCUCAUGUUAGAGUCCGUUCACCACCUAUACAAGCCAAGGCUAAUUUGAAUUCUACUAAAAAUGAUCAAAAGACAGAGAAUCCUGAGAAUGUCGGCCUUGGAGAAGAGAAGUCCGGGAAGUCGGAGCUGGAAAAACCCGUGGAGUUACUUGGUAGGAAAAUCAUGAUUGUGGUUGAUUCAAGUAUUGAAGCUAAGGGAGCUCUACAAUGGGCACUCUCUCACACUGUUCAAAGCCAGGAUCUUGUUGUUCUUCUUCAUGUAACCAAAGCAUCAUCUAAACAAGCCACAGGGGAAGAGCCCCGAAAGGAUAGAGCUCCUAGGGCUUGCGAGCUUGUAAAUUCUCUGAAAAAUAUGUGUCAGUUGAAGAGACCUGAGAUACAAAUUGAGAUUGCAGUGGUGGAAGGAAAAGAGAAAGGUCCAUUGAUAGUGGAAGAGGCCAAGAAACAAGGGGCGGCACUUCUAGUUCUGGGGCAGAAAAAGAGGUCCAUGACAUGGCGGCUGAUCAUGAUGUGGGCAAGCAAUAAAGUCACUGGUGGUGUGGUGGAAUACUGCAUCCAAAACGCCGAUUGUAUGGCAAUAGCUGUGAGGAGGAAAGGCAAAAAACAUGGAGGUUACUUGAUCACCACUAAGCGUCACAAAGAUUUCUGGCUCUUAGCUUAACUAUAAUAAACAUAUGUAGCAUAUCAAUUUGAUGUUUCCUUUUUCCUGUGGAGUUUUUGUUUUGUAACAUUGUUUGUAAAUUAAUGAUAAAGUCUGCUCUGCUGAGAAAUUAUCAAAA